AUGUACUCCCCAGGAAGGACUCUACGUAGUACCAACAAACUGCUCCUUAAACCAGAAACUGGACAACUUGCUACCUAUGGGCAACGUUCUUUUUCUAUCCAGGCGCCUUUACUAUGGAAUAAUCUACCAUUUAGUUUAAGAUCAAUUACCUCCGUUAAUAGUUUUAAGGAGAAAUUAAAAACACAUCUCUUUACGCUGGCCUUUUCAUAG